GCUCGAGCUCCAGCGACCACCGCGCGUGCGGGACGAAUCUGUUUUUUACUUCACGGAGCGUAACGUGAUUUUCUUGCUUUAUUUUCCACAUAUGCUCUAAAACUGAAGACGAGAGGAGGGUUUUUAUUAUUUUAUUUAUUAUUUUUCUACCAGCGGGACAAGCUCGGCGACACCCGGGCACAGAGCGGGGAUAAGAGCGAGGCUCCCGGCUUAUUAUAACCCGGGACACUGAGAAUUAUUCCUGCACGAGAGGACGGCACUUUGGAUUACUUUGACGCACAGUUGUGACUGGAAUACCCCGCAGAUAUAACUACCACAACGUGUGCUCUUGUUCUUUGCGUGUCGCUUUUCCUAAGUAGAUAACGCACCCAUGAGCGGAUGCGUGCAUUAGUGUGCGCUUUGUGCAGCUCUUUAGCUUCUGGUAAAGCGGUAACCUGUAGCGGAAGAGCAGAAUACAACGUUUUAGGACGCAUUUUGUUUGUUUGUUUGUGUUUCAAUAACCUCAAACUUAUCUGACGGUGUCUUGGACCAAGCUGUGCGCCUUUUUGAAUUCGGAGAAACCUGCGACGCUCGGACAGGAUGAGGGUGCAUCGCAGCUGAAACGUGCACGAGUCCGGGACUUUGGCGUUUAAAACCAGAUCGGACGGACCUCCACCUCGGUCCUGGACCAGGACAGGAGCCGGGUCACGAUGCGUCCUGGCGGUGUGAUGUUGAUCCUGCUCCCGACGCUCUUCCUGCUCUCGGGAGCCACCUGGGCAGCGACUCUGGGAGGCGGGCUGGGAGACACAAUUCUUGUCUGGGAGAAGUUCCAGGGCGUGGCCAACUUCAGCACCUUCCUACUGGACCGCGCAACCGGCACGCUGUUCCUGGGUGCCAGGGAUGCCAUACUGGCGGUGGACACCAACAAGCUGAACCAAAAACCCAAAGUGAUUGUUUGGGACGUGCCAGAGGAGAAGAGGAGGUCUUGUGUGGCGAAGGGAAAGACGGAGGUCGACUGUAACAACUACAUCCGUCUGCUGGAGUUUAUGGGCGACGGACGCGUCUACGUGUGUGGAACCUACGCCUUCGACCCCCAGUGUGCCUUCCUGGAGCUCUCGUCCUUCACCCUAGAGAAAGCCGAGGAUGGAGGGGUGAAGAUGGAGACGGGGAAGGGAAAGUGUCCCUUUGAGCCGAGUCAGCACUACACAGCUGUUAUGGCAGGCGGUACCCUAUACACAGCGGCCACCAGUAACUUCCUGGGAACGCUGUUCGACAUCUCCCGGGCAACUGGUGCUGAGCAGGAGCGCAUCCGAACUGAGCGAUCCAUCAACUGGCUGAGUGACCCAGAGUUUGUGAGCUCCGCCUUCAUCGAGCAGUCUGCAGACAGCAACCCGACAGGAGACGACGACAAGAUCUACUUCUUCUUCACCGAGGUGGCCAAAGAGUACGACCUCUACACCAAAGUCAAAGUGCCCCGGGUGGCACGAGUCUGCAAGUCUGACGUGGGAGGGAUGAAGACUCUUCAGCGACGUUGGACCACCUUCCUCAAGGCCCAGCUGGUGUGUGAGGACAAACCGAGCGGCCAGCGCUACAACGUCCUCACCGAUGUCUUCACCACGGAGCACACGCCCGGCGAUCCCAGCAGCACCCACUUCUACGGGCUCUUCACCUCCCAGUGGGAGCGGGAAGAGUUGUCAGCAGUGUGUGUUUUCAGUCUCGCUGACAUCGGCAAAGUGAUGGACGGCCCCUUUAAAGAGCUGAAGAAGCCCUGCGAGAACUGGAUCAACCCGGUCCCCACACCGAGACCUGGCCAGUGUUUGAACAACGCUUUAAAGACGGAGGGGUUCGAGUCGUCCCUCAAACUUCCCGACAAGGUGUUGACAUUCGUGAGAGACCACCCCCUGAUGGAGAACAGUGUCACUGCAGCGCCCCUGCUGGUCCGGAAGGGAAUCCGGUACACCAAGCUCGCUGUAACUCGGGCGGAGACGGGCAGCAAAGAGGAUCAGAGGGGAGCAGUGCUGCACCUCGGAACGGAUCGCGGGGAGCUCCACCAAGUGGCAGUGGUGGGGCACAACGCCACCUUACUGCAGGAGCUGACUCUGUUCACCUCACAAGAGCCUGUCAACAAUAUAUUGCUGCACCAGGGCCGGGCUCUGGUGGGCAGCCCUCUGUCUCUGGCUCGUGUCCAGGCUGAAGGCUGCGCUCUGUAUCCCAGCUGUGGGGUGUGCGCCAGAGCCAGAGGACUGGGCUGUGUGUGGAGCACCGAGGAGGAAGCCUGCAGGCCCUCAACGGCAGAGCCUGGUCCAGGCGAUAUUGUCGACAACGCCUUGAGAAAGUGUGACACAGAGGAGGGGCGUUGCACCCCGUCCACGAGGGAGUUAAGGGUUUCCAAGGGGCUGCGGCUGCUGCUGCCGUGUGUCCAGCUGUCUCCCCGGUCCUGCAGCUGGGAGCAUCCCCCCCACAGACACACCCGGCAGCACCACUCUGACCUGGAGGUGACUGUCACAGAGGACAGCCUUGGAAAGUACAUAUGCACAUGCCAGGAGGCGGGACCAGGUAGCCGAGACCCCACCCCCUGCCGCAGGGCAGCCUAUCACUUGACACUCGAAGACCCCAGCGCCGGAGGAAACGUGGCGACAGCAGGAGGUCGUCACGUCCUGGCCAUCUACAUCCUUUUCUUCUUCUUGGGUUUAGUGUUUGGUGUAUUCCUCCUCUACUUCGUGACACACCGGCGGAGCAUUUCCCGCCAGGGUCACCACCUGCCGGAUAAUUCGCUGUCUUCAGACAAGGGGCGGGACUUGCUGGGCUCCUCGGCCACGCCGCAGUCUCCCAGCAGUGCCAGCCUGCUGUCGGAGGGAUUCAGAUUGACGGAAAAACGCAACGGGAUGGCGACCACAAACACGACGACGUCGCUUCUCAGCAACCAGGGGAAUGGUGGUCACAACGGCAACAGCUACAGCGGCACCCUGAUCCACAGCAACCCCAGCAAUGGCAAUGCUCUGUAUGCCAACUGCAACACCAGUAGCAGCGGGCUGAAGUUCACGUCUGAAAUUUUAGCUGCAGACUUGCUGGAUGGAAGGACGGGGGAGAUGGGGAGGCCCGAGGUGUUGGCGAGGAAGUUGGGGGAGGGCGACGACGUGGAUGAGGGUCUGGGGGACGGGUUAGGGGAUGGAAUAAAACGACUAGAGGAGGAGUUGGCCAGCUUACCGAGGUUUAAAUUACCAGCACCACUGGCAAAGUGUGAAGAAAGUUCGAUAUGAAAAGAUAGAAAUGUUGACCGCACCGUUUUGCAUCCUCCAAACAAACUGAAUAAAGCCGCGGAGGACCUCAAAAUGGCUACUGACAAAUGCCUUGGAAUGGGAGCUGUGGCACGAAGAGAGACGACAGAGAUAUAUGACAAUUGUAUGUCAAAGCAUGUGAGAGACAAAACGUGUUCCAGUGUUGUGAGAGACGAGAGCCACAGCUAAAUGUGUCGGAUGUAAUAUAACAUGUAAAUAUGAGCCGUCUGAACUGGACUGUGGACACGGAGCUGUGUGCGGUAUCGCUGUUUAAAUGUUGAAAAAAAUCAAAGAUGAAAUGCCUACAUGUGUAGACAUAGAAAAGCCAUAUUGUCUUUCUCCUUAACUUAAAUGCUGUUGUUUGCUCUCUCGUUCUCUUCUCCUGACGGCCCCGCAAAAGAAAAGUGCACUUUGAAUCUCUCUGUAUUUAUGUUGCUCUCUCUGACACUCAACCACCGGACCUGAUCUGGACCAAAGGCCCCAAGGGGACCGCCGAGCCACCGACAGUCGGAUUGCACGGGGCGUCACACAGAGAGAUGUCCCUCUCAGAGGAUAGAAAUAGAGAGUUCCUCAGAUGGGCUCCAGGGACCGGGCUGUCCCUGCCUACACUGCCGCAGAGGUCAAGAGGUCGAUGGGGUUUGAGAACACCUAUCAGAUGUGUGUCAUUGUGGGGCGCAGCUGCCCAGAGCUGUCACUGAUCACCUUCACAGUUACUGAGACAGGAGUUCGUGAUUUCCAAAUAAUGGGAAAUUAAUUUCAGUCUUAUGGAAUGGACCUUGCCAGACACAAAGUCACCAUCACCUCGUUUUGUGAGUUGGAAACUUUAAAAAAAAUUGUUUUUGUCAUGUUUUGUAAUAAAGCCUAAAAAAAGUUA